AUGACUUCGUGGGUACAAUUCGAAAACGACUGCUACAUAUGUUACAUGAGACCAGGUUUGUUGCUGGCCGGUGGAGUUUUUGCCAUGUCAAAAUUUUAUUGCUCUCAUAAGAACAACGUGACCUUCGCAUAUUUCGAAUUGUUUUGGUAUCACCACUUAAUUGCCUUGAUGUAUACAUUUCCCUUCUAUGUAAUAACUGUUAUACUGGUCUUUAGUGUUGGUGAUGAAAUGGAAGACAAAAUAAGGUUGACUAUGAGAUUGUUUUUGUAUGUGAGUUUUGUUUUAAUGGACGUGUCCAAUCAUUUUUAUCAAAGAUUGCAAGUUAAUAUGAUGAACACACUCUUAUUUUUACUGGCUAAUAGAAGAUUGUAUGGUGUAAAGAUGUGGUUUUCCGAUAAAUCAUCAAUGUUAACAAGUUUUACUACUUUUAUGUUUACGUCAAUUUAUAUUGUCAUAACUCUGGUUGGGGCAUCUUAUGCCGUUGAUCAGAAGCUCAACUAUUUCCAGAGCUUCAUAAAAUAUUCCGCUUUUCUAAGUGCAGUUUGCAACCAACAAAUUGAACAAUGCUUGGAAAACUACAGAAGCAAUGGCAAUUUUGAGUGCGGCAGCUAUUUUUAUUCUUUGCCGCUGGAGGAUCAACUCAAACGGCUACACCGUUUAUAUUUGCAAAUACUACAUUUAUAUCAAUUAAGUUUGGGUGUACUUGCCAAUGUUCAAAUUACACUAAUUCCUAUUGUUCUUAUUGUCUAUCUCAUUGGGUAUAGUAUCCUAUAUAUUUUUAAUUCAAAACAGGAAGAUACUCAAACCACAGGAGCGUUUGUUUCUGUCGUUAUAAUAAGCAUGUGCCUUAUCGAUGUUUUUGGUAUGACUAUACCUGCCACAAUGACUGCUAAUAUUGGUGAUGACAUUAUAUCAUAUUUAUUUAGAUACCCAACUGCAAUUUUAAGACCUCAUGAAGCUGCCCAGGUUGAACUGCUUAUAUUUACUUUAACUGCUUUGAAACCGAAAUUGGUUGCAUCAAGAGUAAUUAACGUUGGAGUGAGCCUUAUUGCAUCUAUUUCUGGAGCCGUUGUUACGUAUAUUUUGGUUGCUUUGCAAUUACACCAGGCUUUUAUAAAAAAUUUCAAAAACAUUGAGGCAGCAAGAAAUUAA